AUGAACAUUCUCUCUAAAAUCCUCAAUCUUGCUGCUGCUAGAGGAAUUUUUGGAUAUCAUCCAAAAGGCAAGAAGUUAUGUAUCACUCAUCUAUCUUUUGCUGAUGACCUUCUAAUAUUUUGCAAAGGUAAUCUUGAGUCUAUUGUUGGUGUUAUCAGUGUUCUCAACCACUUCUAUUCCCUGUCUGGCCUUAGUCUUAAUGUCAAUAAGAUUGAAUUCUAUGUUGCUAGAAUUUAUACUGGAACUCUUGAAUCUAUCAAAUCUGCCACUGGAUUUAAACAAGGUUUUCUGCCAGUUAGAUACCUUGGAGUUCCUUUGGUCACUAGGAAACUUACUAAAAUAGAUUGUUUUCCUCUUCUUGACAGCUUCAAAACUAGACUUCACCAUUGUUCAUCAUUCCCCAAAAGGUUAUCAAUCGUCUUGAGCAGCUUUGCUCUCGUUUCCUUUGGAAAGGAUUCGAUAAAGCUGUCAAAUGAGCCAGGAUUAGCUGGAAUAGACUAUGCUGCCCCAAAUCUGAAGGAGGCCUUGGUUUGA